CGACCGGCGUUUCAGAGCCGCGUAUCGGUAGUCGCGAGACGAGACAGUCGGUGACGGGUUGCGGUCGUCUAGUGUGGCGUAGUGUGAACAAUUUUUCGAUUGUCUCCUUUCCCCCUUGUGUUCAAAAAUGAGCUGGCAGGAUUACGUUGAUAAGCAGUUGCUCGCGUCGAGAUGUGUUACCAAAGCGGCGAUCGCCGGACACGAUGGCAACGUAUGGGCAAAAUCCGAGGGCUUCGAAGUAAGUAAAGAAGAGCUCGCGAAAUUAGUGCAGAGCUUCGAGGAGCAGGACAUCCUGACGUCGUCGGGCGUUACCUUAGCCGGCAGCAGGUACAUCUACCUAUCGGGCACGGACCGUGUGAUAAGGGCAAAGCUUGGCAAAAUCGGCGUGCACUGCAUGAAGACGACGCAGGCCGUAGUUGUCUCCCUAUACGAGGACCCCAUACAGCCUCAACAGGCCGCAUCUGUCGUUGAAAAAUUGGGCGAGUACCUCGUGUCCUGCGGCUAUUAGUAACCUCUGGGACCCAACACAAAUAUCUAAUAUUAAUAAUAAACGAUAUCGGUCGGAUUAUUUUAAUGAACAGCGAAUGGAAUGCGCCAUGCCGCACGAGUCGCGCCGGAACUGCCGCAAGCCCUGCCGCGCGACAACCCACGAAUGAAGAACAGCAACAACAGCAACAACACACAGAGCGACGACAGUAGUAAUCCACUAUCAUUACUGCUUCAGUCAUCAUUCUCUUCUCUUCGAUUUCUGUUUCUUUUUUUUUUCCUUUUUUUUUCCGCCCUUUGGACGCGACGCGCACAGAACGGGGAAGAUAGAGGCACGCGCGCGAAUCUACGCACGCACCAUACGUAAACAACGAGAUGCACCCAUCUUCCCUCUCCCCUCUCCUUUCUCUCACGCAAUCUGGUAUCCUUGCGGCCCUCCUUUUAACCCUUCCCCGGAGCUCUUCUCUCACAAAUGACGAAAUACGUAUAACGUACUUAAGCAUCUACGUUUAAGAUCCUCGUAGGCGCGUGUAUGAUCGGUGAUGCGUGACAAGCGCGAAAAAAAUCGUAUCGGCACGUAUGAUCGAUAUGCCGAUACCCCGAUAUCAUUGUGCCACACACCUGCUCUCUAUACUCCCAAACUCCGCAAACGGCUGUGACGAGGCUGUUGGCGCGAGAUCGCAUAUCCGAGAUGACGGAUGAAAAUCGAUGGCGCGACGAUCAGUACCGGAAAGCCGAUACCGUACGAUGAUAGAGUGAUAUUGUGCAUCACGCGUGAUGACAUCGACGUCGCGGGAUUCGAUUGUAGGAUUUGCGAGCGAUGCGCCCGCGCGCGUGCUGUUCUCGAUGGAGCGCAAAAGUAUGCGAGAGCGCGAUAAAUUGCGACAAUCGCGCGUGACGAAAUUCUUCGCGAUCUUUUCUGACAACAUCUGAUCGAGUGUGUCUUUAUCCCAUCGGGAAGAAAAAAAAACGCACAAAACGCGACGGAUUGUGAAGCGCGCGGUCGCAAUUUGUCGCGCGACGAAAGCGAUCAGCGAGGAUCUUUUGGACGCGACUUCCACUUUUUGUUCGGCUUCUUCUACGGAGAGGAAGCGCGAUCGUUUCCGCGCGAGAAAAUUCGGCUGUCCUCGUUUCGAGGACACGUGUCCGCGGAUCAUGUGCGUGCGGCGUACGCGGAAGCGAUCCCUUCUUGUAUCAUACACUCAACACACCCGCUUCGUUCACGCACCCAGCUUCACGCGCGCACAAAGUACGACAUCGACGAUCGAUUGAUGAAUAUCAAAGAAAGGGAGAGAGAGAGAGAGAGAGAGAAAAGACGCGAAAGAGAGAUGGAGAGUGAAAGUGGAAAAGAGAGAAAGAGCGCGACACGUCGAACUUUUGUAACCGCUUAUGCGGUGUUUCGCUGACGAAAAAAAAAACGAUACACACACAUAUACACGUAUGAAUUAAAUAUAAGAAGUAAUGAUAAUAAAUAAUAAUAAACUAUUG